ACGAGCAUUGAGAGGCCCUUCUCUGAAACCCAAACUCCGAUUCCAGCGCUUCGUCGUCGUCCUCCGAUCUCUCUCCUUCGUCGGCGAGAUCACCAUCGAAUGGCAUUGGAGGUCCGAGCACGAGCUCCGGGGAAGAUCAUCCUCUCCGGUGAGCACGCCGUUGUGCACGGCUUCACCGCCGUUGCCGCCGCCAUCGACCUCCAUACCUACGUCUACUUCCGUCUUCACUCUACCUUAGAUAAUGAUGAUGGAGUGGUAGAACUAGAGCUCAAAGAUUUGGGGUUAGUAUUCUCUUGGCCAUCACAAAGAUUAAGGGAGAUGUUCAGCGAAUUGGGUUUGUCAUCGAAGACUUGCUCGCCGGAAUGUCUGAAAGUAAUUACUUCACUAGUUGAGGAGCUGAGUUUUCCGGAAUCUAAGAUUGGCCUUUCUUCUGGAGUUUCUGCUUUCCUUUAUCUGUACACCUCAAUCAUUGGUUAUAGGCCAGGAAAAGUUCGUGUUACCUCUGAUCUCCCAUUGGGCUCUGGUUUGGGUUCCUCGGCCUCAUUUUGUGUUUCCGUCUCUGCUGCUCUGCUUGCACUGUCGGGUGCUGUUUGCGCAGACAAUCAACAAAAAGGUUGGUUUGUGAUGAGGGAGAAUGAGCUUGAGUUGGUGAAUAAAUGGGCAUUUCAAGGUGAAAGGAUAAUUCAUGGCAAGCCUUCUGGUAUAGAUAACACUGUAAGCACAUUUGGAAGCAUGAUCAUGUUCAGGUUGAGUGAAUUAACUCGUCUUAAAUCUAGUGGUCCAAUUAGAAUGCUGAUCACUAAUACAAAAGUAGGGAGGAAUACAAAGGCUUUAGUUGCUGGUGUUUCUGAAAGAACACUGCGGCAUCCAGAUGCUAUGGCUGCAGUUUUUACUGCAGUCGAUUCAAUUAGCAAGGAAUUGUCAGAUGUAAUUCAGUCAGCUGCUCAUGAUGAUGUCUCCAUUACUGCAAAAGAAGAGAAGCUAGAAGAGCUAAUGGAAAUGAAUCAAGGGUUGCUACAGUGCAUGGGUGUUAGUCAUGCCUCGAUAGAUACUGUGCUACGGACAACACUGAGGUACAAAUUGGCUUCAAAAUUGACUGGGGCUGGUGGUGGAGGCUGUGUUCUGACCCUUCUACCAACAUUACUUUCAAGCACAAUUGUGGAUAAAGUCAUUUCUGAGCUUGAGGCUUGCGGGUUUCAGUGCUUGAAAGUGGAAGUUGGUGGUAAAGGACUUGAAGUCUGUUUCACUUGAUGGUUAUAAUCUUGAGACACCAUGGCCAUAAUUCGGUAUCGUUGAUAUAAUUGUUAAAUUUGGAUCAUGAUGGAUGAAAGAAGAGUUUGAAAGAUGAAGAGGCAUCCAUACUUCCUCUGUGCUCCAAUGUUAUUAUCUAAGUUCAAAUUUUUCAUGCUUAAUUUGCCUUUUUUGUGUGACCGUUAUGUAAUUUCGUGACUUUCUGAUACUCUGGGGCUCCUUAUGAAGUAAUAAUUCUUUCCGUGUUA